CAAAAUUCAACGCAGAGUAUAGCUUAAAAUUGGGAGGCACACGGAAACACAACUAUUUUUCUCCGGGGCACAAACGACGAUAUCGGAGACAAACAUGCAAAGUGCCCCACUCUAAGAGUCGCGAUGCUAUUAAAAAUUCUACGUAAAUAUGGCACAUUGAACCACUUGGUCGGCAACCACCAUCCCCAUAGUCCCCAUUCCCAAUAUCCGCGUUCCCAUCGGAUAUCGGGAUGCGGAUGUGGAUGCAGAUGCGGAUGUGGAUUGGGAUCCGGAUGUGGGGACUUCCCCGGCGAUCGCCGUAAAUUACACGACUGGGAUCGCCAAAGUGCGGCGCACGACCAGCGCCGGAAGAUCAUCCCGAAACUGGUCUACCUGCACAAUCCGUGGAAGUACCUGGUGACCAAGUUCAAUCUGUGGAAGCUGAAGUGGCUGUGGGAUCGGGACUUCAGCGAGCCGGACUUCUUGGAGGGCGCCAAGCAGGCGGCCAUUGUGAUGACGGACAUCAUCCGCCAGCAGAGUGCGGAGAAGAUCAGCGAGUACACGACUCCGGUGGGAUUCCAGCAGAUCACCCGGGACAUGCUGCUCUCACGGAACGACACCCGCCUCCAGUUGGUUAGGUUCGAGCGGGAACACCUGCGACGAGCGAUUCCCAUGAAGGUGGCCACGCGGCAGAAUUUCGGCAGGAAGUACGCCUUCAUAGACAUGCUCUUUGUUGGCCUGCGGAACACCAAGGACUUCGACACGGCCACGGAGGUGGUGGAGGUCAGCGAGAUUAUCCGCCGGAUGGACAACGAGCUCAAGACCCCGCCGGAAGUGGUGGCAGUCCCUCAUCGGAUCGUAUUCGCCGAGAUCUUCAUUCGUUUCAGAAGGGACUACACGGCCGACACGAGAAGAGGGUUUAAUGCAACUAACCAGCAAUCCAAGAAUUUCCCCUUCAACGCGCCCUUCAAUGCACCCACAUCUACGUCGGCUAUCGCCAAUGCCAAGCCAUCCCAACAAUCCUUCAUACAAUCAGCAAUGGAUCCCAUGAGAUCCACCCAGAAUCCGGCCACGGCGGCUCUUCCACAAACCGGAAGAAUCAUACCUCGCAUGGACGAUGUGGGCUGGUCGGUGUCCUUCUACAAGAUCCUCACCUUCGACGUCCUCAACUACGAUCCGCAGUCCAGGAGACACCAGCAGCAACAGAACCACGAGAAGGGAAAUCCUUGAUCAGUAAUCCCCCAAAGUUCAAACCCUUUCGUGCAGUGGAAAUAUUAAUGGUCGGCAACUUUUGUGUAAAAAUUAGUGUCAACUAACAAUAAAGAAAUUUAGGCUUUUACGUUUUCUUGAAAA